AUGGCCAUGCGAAGGAGCCGAAGUGGGGCAGACGGUCAACCUACACCAGACAUCACAGAAAAAGUUGUAGCAGACGCCACGGACGAGGAGCAAAGCAGCGACGACGAGGCGCCGGAGGAGGUCAGCGCCGCAGCGGCAACCGCCCUCGCCGGUCGCCGCCGAAAGGCGGAGCACCAGGCGCGCCAGGCGACCGCCGCUCCCAAGAGGAAACGAGCCCGGACGUCCUCGUCUUCGAAAGCUGCUGAUGACGGCGGCGGCGACAAGAAGCCCUCGUCCGGGGAAGGCGAGCCGGCAGACGGGCUCGAGCUCCCCUCGGAUUUGCUGCUGAGGGUUAAGUCCGGUGGGUUGCAGCGCAUGGAAGCGGACGUGUUGGAGGCGGAGGAGCAGGCGGCGGCGGCGGCAGCGGCGGCGACCGGGCAGGGCGGAAGGCGGAAGGCGAGAGCCAAGGCUGGGGAUGCCUCGCGGAGCGACAAUUUCCGACUGGUGGUGUUAGACGAGGAUGACGGUGGCGUUGAUGCCGAUGACGAGAGUAAGGCCCACGCCGCGGAAAGUGCCAAGAACUUUCUUCGCGAUCGCAUGGGGAGCCGGAAACGAGUUAGCCAUAGCUUGUUCAAAGCUCGCAAACGGCUCGGCCCUUCGCCGAAUUUCUGAUCCCUCGUUUUGUCUCUUCUCACUUUCCGUGUAGUGUACUCUGCCGUUGAUUUGGUUGUUGUAAUGUCCGUUGGCAGCUGUUUAUUCUGUCGCUCCUUUGGCGCGCUACAAUAUACAGGCGCAGGUCUGACUUUCCCUCAGGUUGUCCAUGAUUAUGGUUUAGUCUGCUCAAACCUCUGUCGCGGGUGUUAGGUCGUGCGGCUCGGAUGGGGUUUCAGAGUUGUGUUCACUCGUUUCGUCGUGUGUGUUGUUAGCUCCGUUCCUGAAACAUUCACCUGCAGGUCAAGCAUUUGUUUGGUUUUGGGGGUCUAGUGAUAGACCACGUCGACCGCCCUUUUGGUCGGGUUGCGGGUUGUGUAGCUGUGGCUGCCGGUGUGGUCAUUGCUGGCGCCCAGUAUAGCGGUUGACGCCUAGGCGGGGCGAUGCAUGCCGUCUGGGAGGAACUAUGUGGCAGU